UUUUUUUUGUUUCACUUCUAGAAACGUUUAUGAUUUCAUUUGUUGUCACGAAUAUGUUGGUUACUGCUUAUAGAUAAUUUACCGACGCGUUGGCUUAUCAACAAUUAUAGAAGGAAUUCGCUAGAUUCAUCAUUAGCGUUUGUGGUUUAUUGGAGAAUGCCAUAAAAUGCCAUGUAAUAAAAAAAUUGAAAUAAAAAAGCGUUUUCAGAUUUUAAAUUCAUAAAAAAUUUGGGUGAUUUGUCAAAAGCGUGACCUAGUUAGAUAGGGCGUUUCAGUCAACGGAUCGGGUCAGUGUAACCCAAAUCAAAAACCAAAUUAUCCGGCAUGAGAAAUACUGUAAAACGAUGAAUGACACAAUUUCAAUAGCAAAAAGUGACAUAACCCCAACAUGGAAUAUUUGGGUGAACUAAUCGCACUGGGUGUUGAUAGCAUAAUUUUCGGAAUAUGCCUGAAACAGUACGUUCACUGUAAAAAUGCCCUCAAAGCUGUCAAGACUGCAGAGUUUCACGAGGUGGGUGAGAACCUCGGUAAAUUACUCGACGAGACAUCGGAUGGGAAAUUAGAUUAUGUAGCAGUCAGAGGAAUCAUUAAACCACUUGGAGAACCAUUACACAGUGUAAAUAAUAAAGUACUGACAGGAGUUGUACAAAAAUUAAGUGUCAAAGAACAUGUCGUCGCACGGACAACUACUGGCUUCUGGUCCGAUCAAGAACGUACGAUACAAGAAGCUUACAACAGCGUUCCGUUUGUGUUACAACGAGGCCACUACAAGGUGGAAGUCGUCGAUGCGCUAGCUGCAGAAAUUCUAGAUCUGGAUACAAUAUCAGAUUAUUUUGAACCCAGCACUCCAACAUUCACAGAUCAUCUUUGGGGUUUUUUUACUGGAGUUCGUCAACGAGGUCUUCAGUCAACAGAGGAGAUGUUGAGAGAUGGAGCAAUCAUCACUGGUAUAGGAGAAUUGUCAAAAACAGUAGCUGGAUCCAGCAAUAUCAAAUUACAACCGCCACUGGAUGGCGCACCAUUUUACCUCACUAGUAUGUCUAUUACUUCACUUCUCAGAAAAUUGGAUGAUCGCAGAAGAACAUAUCGAUGGCUUUGUUUGAUGUUUGGUGGCAUUGGUCUUAUCAUCGGUGGAAUAGUGGUUCGGAGAUACUGGAAGGAUAGAGAGGAAGACAGAUUAGCUAAACAAUUACGUGAGUCUUUGGCUGCGUCACGUAAAGAAAGAAGACAGAGAGUCAGAGACAGAGAUUUACGAGAAGAUCAACUGUGUGUCGUAUGUUGUUCAAACCCAAGGGAGAUUAUUUUACUAUCUUGUGGUCACGUUUGCCUCUGUGAAGAUUGUGCCGAGGGCAUCAUUACUCAUUGUCCAGUUUGUAGAGCCCCCAUCUCAGAAAGAGCUCCUGCAUAUAUAAUAUAGCUACAGCGUAUUGACGGUGAAAAAAUUUUCCAAUUAGUGACACUCAUUUGAACAAUGCAAAAAAAUUCGACUACAGUCAUUUGGAAAAUAAAAGUUUUAUUAAUUGUUA